AUAAAAAAAAAAUUUGAGCGUCUUUUGGGGUUUUUUGAUGACUUUUCUCUCACUUUCUCUUCUCACUUUCUCACUGUCCAAACAGGAAACGAGUGUUUUGUUCUUCGAAUUCCAGUUUCUUCAUGGACCCCGAAGUGAUCGAGAUUCCUCCCCCGAUUCCUCGCUCUUUUAAGUCUAAGCAAAAACAGGUUAUUAUUCAUGAAGUAAUUGAUGUUGAUAAAGAGGAAGAUUCAGCUGAUAUAAUGAUUCUUGAUGAGAGAGUUGAUGCAAGGAACAAAGGGAAGGCUGUAAAAAGUAGCUCUGGCGGUUAUAGUACCAUUCGAGCUGAGGACUUUGUGGAUAAAUCUCUUGGUUCGAUAAACAAGGUUGAACCUUCUAAGCAUCCUACCCAAGGAUCACAGAACAUAGUUAACCUUGAUUGUGAUUUGUCCUAUGAUGAUGAGAUUUUUGAUAAUUAUUACCUUAAUGAUAUCAUGGAUGUUGAUGACUAUGCUAUGUUGCAAGCACAUUUUGAUAAUGUUGAUAUUCCUGCUGGAGUAGAGGCAUCUAUCCCUUGGUUUGCAGAUUUUUCAGAGAGUAAAAAGAAAACCUCUCAUGGAAACAUUUCAUCUGGUGUUGAUGGGAGUGACCAAUCUCUUUCACCAUGGUUAUCAGAGCCUACUCAUACCAACAAGAAGGCAGCUUUAGUUAAUAGUUCUAGUUUCCAGACCCCAGGGGAUCCUCUGAGUCAUUCUCCUGGAGAAGCAAGUCUGUCUUCACCUUUGUUAUUUCCACAAGGUUCUCAAAGUAAGAAGAAGUCAGCUACAUCACAACCUAGAUGGAGUAGUCAAAAUCUUCAAUUUGGGCAUUCUUUGCAGUCUUCCCAGGCUGGUGGUUCAACUAAUGGUAGUAAUGUGAGUCACUCUGAUGCGAUGAUACUCCCUCAUGCAGUAACUCCAGCAGCUUAUUGGGAUCAUAUUAAUUCUGCUAUACAGAAGCAAAUUGGUGCUAGCAGUUUGUUUCAUUCAAAUUUCCCUACACCUUUAGAUGCAUUAAAUAACACUCUGGCUGUGGAACCUUCUGUGUCUUGGUGGCCACCUAUGAAAUCAAAAUUUAGUUUCAAUAAGCAUAAUAUGUAUUCAAGUUUUCCUGAUCCAGUUGAUGGUGCUUAUAUAACUCCUCAAGAGGUGGCAGAAAUCAGAAAUCAGAGAAUUGUAAAUGAAGAAGAAAUCCUCAGUAAGCUCCAACUUUUUAAACAGUUUGAUACUGUUGAUGAUUUUUCAGACCAUCACUAUGCUUCCAGUGGUGCUUCAACGAAGCAGCCACCAAAGAAUUGGGCAAAGAAGAUUCAGGAGGAGUGGAAAAUACUUGAGAAAGAUUUGCCAGAUACUAUUUUUGUUAGGGUUUAUGAAUCAAGGAUGGAUCUCUUAAGGGCUGUAAUUAUAGGAGCAGAGGGUACUCCUUAUCAUGAUGGUCUCUUCUUCUUUGAUGUUUUCUUCCCUGCUAGCUAUCCUAAAGUACCACCGCAUGUUUAUUACCACUCUGGUGGACUUCGACUCAAUCCAAAUUUGUAUAGUUGUGGGAAAGUAUGCCUUAGUCUUCUUAACACCUGGUCUGGUAAUAAGAAUGAAAAGUGGAUACCUGGUAUGUCAACCAUGCUCCAAGUUCUGGUAUCUAUUCAGGCUCUAAUCUUGAAUCAGAAGCCUUACUUUAAUGAGCCUGGAUGGGCACAUCAUUGUGGCACACCAAAAGGUGAAUCAUUGUCCCGGCAAUACAAUGAGGAGACUUUUAUCUUGUCACUGAAGACAAUGACCUACUCCAUGAGGAGGCCACCAAAGCAUUUUGAGGACUUUGUUGUGGGCCAUUUCUACAAACGUGCUCAUGAUAUUCUCGUGGCGUGUAAAGCAUAUAUGGAUGGUGCUCAGGUAGGUUGCCUGGUAAAAGGUGGGGUUCAAGAUGUCGAUGAAGGUGACAAGAGCUGCUCUCAGAAGUUUAAGGACUCUGUGGCUGGGUGUGUAAAUAUGCUCGUGAAAGAAUUUACAGUACUUGGAGCCAAGGAUUGUGAGAAAUUCCUUACUGUCCCCAAAUGUCAAAAUAAUCGAGUUGAUAAUAUGCAGGCUGCAAUUUGAACUACAUUUUGAAAUUAAAAUUUUGAAACUUGACCAGAAUGGUUUUAUUUAUAAAUAUGCAAAGUAGUUUAACUGAUCUCUUAUCAAGAAGUUUAGAUUUGAAUUGCAGAGUGUCAUAUGCUUUCAUCCAUAGGACUCUUACAUAGAGUUUCGACAUUGUACAUAGAUGUAUAUAUGGAUGGGGGUUAUAGGUUCUUUCUCGAUUUCUCAACCGUACAAAAUCAUUUUUGAUUAGAGGUGCACAACUUAACUUAUAUACUUAACACAAGGAUGGAAUAUACUGUUACAGCUUAGCAGUUGCUCGUAUCAUCACUGGAGAUGAGAACCUGAGGUGCCUUGGAACUAUUGCUGUAAAUUGAUGGCUUGUUCUGUUUCUUGAGUAAUUUGUAUAUAAGGAUUCAGAGAAAUCUUAACAAUUAUUCUGGAUGUUUUCCUGUUGGUUUUGGAUGCAAUGUAGAAGUUUCCCAUUCUUUAUUUCGUUUUCA